CCCUCGUCUCCUCUUCCACCAGAGUCCCACGGCUCGCCGGGAGGGACGCCGGAGAUGCUGCUGCACAGGCACAAGUUCCCGCUCCUCUGCUGCGGCUGCGGUGGCGAUGGCGUCGCUACCGGCGUCGGCCCGCGAGGCGCGGCCAUCAACGACACCAACGUCCAGCAGUCUGGCGGCAAGGGCGGAGCCAGGCAGCUGUCCUGGGCGCAGGUGGAGGCCAUGACGUCGGGCUUCACGUCGGCCGUCGUCGGCGAGGGCGGCUUCAGCACCGUCUACCUCGCGCGCCUCGCCGGCUCCGGCUCCUCCCAGCUCGCCGCCGUCAAGGUGCACCGCAGCAGCGAGCGCCUGCGCCGCGCCUUCCGCCAGGAGCUGGACGCGCUGCUCCGCGUCCGCCACCCGCACAUCGUCCGCCUCCUCGCCUUCUGCGACCAGCGCGACGAGGGCGUGCUCGUCCUCGAGUUCGCGCCCAACGGCAGCCUGCACGACCACCUCCACGGCCGCGACGGCGACGGCAGCACCAAGGCCGCACCCGCGGCCACGAUGCCGUGGGCGCGGCGUGCGGCCGUGGCGCUGCAGGUGGCCCGCGCGCUCGAGUACCUCCACGACCGGUGCGAGCCGCAGGUGGUGCACGGCGACGUCAAGGCCUCCAACGUGCUGCUCGACGCCGCCAUGGGCGCCCGGCUCUGCGACUUCGGGUCCGCGCGCGCCGGGUUCUCGGCGUCGGCGGCCGUGGCCGCCCGCCCGCCGCGCGCCGUGCUCGGGUCGCCCGGCUACGUGGACCCGCACUACCUCCGCUCCGGCGUGCUCACCAAGAAGAGCGACGUGUACAGCCUCGGCGUGCUGCUGCUCGAGCUGCUCACCGGCACGCAGCCCUUCAGCGACGGCCGGCUCCUGACGUCCGCCGUCGCGCCGAUGAUCAAGGCCGGCUCGUGCUCGUGCGACGACGUGCGUAGGCUCGUCGACCAGAGGCUAGGGUCCCGGUACGACGCGGCCGAGGCGGCGACCGUGGCAACGCUGGCGGCGGCGUGCGUGGGUGACAACCCGGCGCUCCGGCCGUCCAUGGCCGACGUGGUCCGGACCCUGGAGCAGAUCUCGACCGCCGGGAGACGAUCCGACGGCGUAACCAAGCCGUGAGCGGCGCGUGCGGGGUGAUGAGGAGAUAGAGACGAUCGAUGCCUCGACCCGAUCGACGUGGCGAGCAUCGUGACCGUAGGAUGCUGUGUCAUGGAGCGAAUCCUCCUCCCACCCGCAAAGCAAAGCAAUUGGGUUUGGUGAGGAGAAGAAAGCAAAUAAAAAUGGUUGGUUUCGACAGAGACUUGCCCUGAGAAAACUGAAAUUAUUAGGCUCUCAUAGUAGGAUUAUAAAUAAAUUUUUGUGCAGCUUCAUUGCUUUCUUUCUUUCUGUUCUCUUUUUUAAUUAAUCUCUGAGGUGAUGAUGA